AUGCAGAACCACAGCUUCGAACGCCUUUCCAGCUGCUUCAUCAACCAGCCUGACAUCACGUUUCUCAAGGCAUACGGCUGCAGAGCCUAUCCCUUGACACCCCAGGCCCUUCAGAACAGACAGAAGAAGGACCUAAAGACCGACCCUCACACAGAAAUCGGUUAUCUCGUUGGAUAUGAUUCCACGAACAUUUUCAGGAUCUGGAUUCCGUCCACAUCAGAAGUCCGAAGGGUCCGAGAUGUGACCUUCAAUGAAAGCAUCUUCUAUGACGGAAAUGAUCAGCCACCAGAACCUAUCCGCCGCGCGUGGAAGUACAGCUUCCAGCCCACAUCGAGGACGAACCAAGGAGACGCCACCACGAUUGUGGUACAACCCGAACCAUCUGAUCAUGAGGACUCGGAUGAUCAGGAUGAGUUUCAUGACAUUCAGCACCCAUAUCCGACACCGGACCCCGCCUCGCAAGCUCAGUGCUUUUCGACCAACACUAAGGGUCAAUUCCACAGCUCUUUCUUUCUCGGCAGAGAAGAAAAACUUCACAGACGACACCUUCCUCCCGAACCUACGACGUAUAAGGAACUUCGCACCCACAGAUUUGGUCCUCAGUUCAGAGAAGGAGCCCACGCCGAGUGGAAAGCACUCCAACAGAGAGGAACCUUCAGAGCGGUCCCCAGAGACCAGGUCACGGGCAAGCUUUUGCCACUUACCUGGGUCUUUAAGUAUAAGUUCGACAAGCAUGGCUUUCUUACAAAGUUCAAAGCCCGUCUUUGUGUUCGAGGAGAUCUUCAACAGCUAGGUGACAAGGACACCUAUGCAGCAACCCUUGCAGGACGUUCUUUCCGGAUUCUCAUGGCCAUCACCGCCAAAUUCGACCUUGAGACCCGACAGCUCGACGCAGUUAAUGCCUUCACAAACGCCCUCUUAGAAGACGAGGAGGAGGUCUAUAAGGAACUCACUGCUGCAUUCAGAGAGCUUGGUCUUACACAGUGUCCCGACAGAACCUGCAUCUUCCAGAACGACUGGCUCACUGUUUUCUUCUUCGUUGACGAUAUUGUUUUCCUCUAUCGCAAGGAAAACGAGGACGCAGCUGAUGAGAUGGUUGCAGCCCUCAAGAGGAAGUACGCGAUGACAGACCAAGGGAAUUACAAUGGUUCCUUGGUAUCAGAGUCCUGCGUGACAGACCCAACAGGAAGCUUUGGCUAUGCCAAGACUCCUACAUUGAAAGGAUGGUUCAACGGGCAGGCUUCUCCAGACCAAAUUCAGCUAUACCAGAGCAAAGUUGGAUCACUGAACUACGCCGCAGCUAUCACCCGCUCGGACAUAGCCAAGCCAGCGUCUAAACUAGCUGAAUUCCUCAACAACCCUUCCGAGCAUCACUCCAAGCUCGCAGACCAUCUGAUCGAGUACCUUUACGCCACUAGGUAUCUCGCCAUCCAGUUUCAGGAAAACCCUGCCUCGACGAGGAUCGCAUCCGACGCUGCUUUCGCUGAUAAUAAAGAGACUCGCAAGUCAUCCCAGGGUUCAAUCCUUACCCUCUUCGGUGGCCCUAUUGCUUGGAAAGCCGCCCUUCGUCACGUUGACAUCCACACCUGUUGGGCUAGGCAGAUGAUUGCAGACGGCCUCACCAAAGCUCUGCCAGGCCAGAAAUUUGCUACUUUCGUCAAACAACUCGGUCUCGUCGAUAUCUCUACGUUGCUAGGGAUCUAG